CGUCAUGCGGGACGCGGGGCUUGUUCCUUGGCGCCAGAUUUAGAAGCGCGGGAGAACAGCGGCGUCCGAGUUGCACCAUGCCGACGUUGAGAUCGAGGAAAGUUUCCCAGGACUCGGAGAGCGUGCUCUCCUCGCCUGUUGGAGGGAGCAGAGCAGGGUCGCAGCUCUCCAGCCCCUCCUACUUCCGUGGAGAGCAAGUGGCGGAGCUGCUAGCUGGACAGGACACGGACUCAGAUGAUUUAUCAAGUGAACCAGAGUCCGAUACAGGGAGUGACUUUGAGGAGACGUUGAAGAAAGGCAGGAAGCAAUUGCCUACCGUUGCACAGAGGUCACCGCUGCCUAAGAGGUCGAGACAGGCAAUAUCUGAGAAGAAAAUUGUUGUGAGGAAGAUAAAUUCUGCCAAACAGAAAGCCAGCCCAGCGCCUCAGUCAGUAAAAAUGCCAAAGAGUGCCCCGCAGCUCUCCAGGAGACCAAAGCGAGCAUUGACCGACAAGGAGAACGAUAUGAUGUUUUCAGACAGUGAUCAAGACUCCAGUAAGAUGCCUGUGAGCAUCAGUCCAUCAAAAUCUCUGAUGCAGCUUUCUAAGAGACCAAAACGAGUGUUGGCGGAUAAUAACCAGACAACGGAAAAAAAGGUUCGCCGGGUGUGGAUGGAGCGUGACCACGAAGUCAGUGACUUGUCUGUGACAAUCAAACCGCACAAAAGUGCCAUGCAGUCCUCCAGGAAACCAGGACAGGAGUCGAAGCUGAACAACUCUGCACAAAACCAGAAAAAAGACGUCAACAACUUAUUUGAGGCAGUAAAAUUGGCAAAGAGUGCCAUGCAGACACUGGUCGAUGAAUGGCUGGAACUGUACAAACAGGACAAGGAGACUGGUCUACUGGAGCUACUCAACUUCUUCAUCCAUUGCUGUGGAUGUAAAGGGGUCAUUGCAUCGGAGAUGUUCCAGAAGCUUCAGAAUGCGGAGAUAAUUCGGAGGAUGACCGAGGAGUUUGAUGAGGAGAGUGGUGAUUACCCUCUGUCGCUGGCCGGUCCCAUGUGGAAGAAGUUUCGGCAGAAUUUCUGUGAGUUCAUCGCCGUGCUGGUGCGCCAGUGCCAGUACAACGUCAUUUACGACGAGUACAUGAUGGACACCUUGAUUUCCCUCUUGACUGGGUUGUCUGAUUCCCAGGUCCGCGCCUUCAGGCACACCAGCACGCUGGCCGCGAUGAAACUGAUGACGGCUCUGGUGGACGUGGCCUUGAAUCUGAACGUCCACCAGGAAAACAACAAACGCCAGUACGACACCGAGCGGAACAAAUCAGCGGGCAAGAGGGCCAACGACCGGCUGGAGAUGCUGCUGCAGAAAAGCAAGGAGAUGCUGCAGAAUCAGGAAGAGGUUGAGAACAUGAUGAAUGCAAUCUUUAAGGGAGUGUUCGUCCACAGGUAUCGGGAUUUGAUUGCGGAGAUACGGGCGGUCUGUAUGGAGGAAAUUGGCGUGUGGAUGAAGCGCUACAGUGACUCAUUUCUUAAUGACAGCUACCUGAAGUAUGUCGGCUGGAUGCUUCACGACAAGCAACGAGAGGUGAGACUGAAAUGUUUAAAGUCCCUCCGACAUCUGUACGAAAGCAAGGAAAUCAGCCAGAAGCUGGAACUCUUCACCAACCGCUUCAAGGACAGGAUGGUGUCCAUGGUCCUGGACAUGGAUUAUGAUGUUGCCGUGGAAGCAGUCAGCCUAUUGACUCUCAUUCUCCAAAAUACUGAGGAUGUGUUGGGCAAUGAGGAAUGUGAGUGUGUGUACCCGCUGGUGUACGCCUCUCACCGCCCCACUGCAGCAGCCGCUGGAUAUUUCGUAUACAUUAAGCUGCGGAGACAUUACGAUGCAACUCUAGAGGAGACUGUAGCCAAAGAGCGGGGCAGACGCAGUACAAACGGAGAAUUCAUUAAACUGCUGCUUGCCUUCUUCUUGGAAAGCGAGCUCCACGAGCACUGUGCGUACCUGGUGGAUAGUCUGUGGAACCACGCUGGCUCCGUGCUGAAAGACUGGGAGGGGAUGACUGAGUUGCUGCUGGAAGAGAUUGGAGACGAUGAAGAGGGUCUCACUGAUCAAGAGGAGAGUGCUCUGAUUGAGCUGAUGGUUUGCUCAAUGCGACAAGCUGUGGAGGUUCACCCGCCCAUCGGCAGGUUCUCUGGAAAGAAGUUGCUGACUGCGAAAGAGAAGAAGCUGCAGAUGGAUGAUCGAGCAAGACUGACGGAGCAUCUGAUUGUCAUCAUCCCACAGCUCCUGGCCAAGUACUCUGCUGAUGCUGAAAAAGUGGCAAAUCUUCUGCUGAUUCCAAGUUUCUUUGAUUUGGACAUAUACAGCAGCAAACGUCAGGAAAAGUACCUGGACCUCCUGCUGAAGCAGAUCCGAGACAUCGUAGAAAAGCACACGGGAAUGGAAGUACUCGAGGCCUGUAGCCGGGCCUACUACAUCCUGUGUAAUGAAGAAUACACCAUCCGAAGCCGCGUGGACAUUGCCCGCAGUCAGAUCAUCGACACCCUUGUUGGAAUAUUCACUCACUCCGCCGAGGACCUGCUACAUGAGGUGGGCGAGACUGAUGAGGAUAACCUGUACACUGUGGCCUCGUCACUGAAGAGAAUUGCCGCGCUAUACAAUGCACACGACCUCAGCAGGUGGGAGCUAUUUGACAACUGCUACCGUAUCCUGGAGCGAGGCAUUGACAUGGGGGACCUAUCAGAACAGAUCAUCGUUCAAGCUCUCUUAUGUGUUCACUUUCACAUCCUAUGGAGAUUGGCCCUCAUCUCGGAUUAUCCAGUGACCAAGGAGCAGCUCAUCGGACUGCGGAAGCAACGGAACAUGGUCCUCACAGCGUGUCAGCAUGGCCUGUCCAACAUCAGCUCACAAGUGAGAGAGCAGUCCUUCAUCCUGCUCUGUGACCUCCUGGUGAUCUUCAGUGCUCAGAUGACAAAGGAUGGAAACGAGGAGUUGCGACCACUGGUCUUCACAGCCGACGUGUCUCUUGUGUCUGAGCUGCUGAGUUUUGUCAUGGACCACGUGUUUGUGGAGGCCGAGGAAGAUGGAGAUGAUGAGACGGUGAAGAUUGAGAUGCUGCAUAAGAGGAGGAAUUUCCUGGCUGGAUUCUGCAAGCUCAUUAUCUACAACAUGGUGGAUCUCAGGACUGCCGCUGACAUCUUCAAACAAUACAUGAAGUACUACAACGAUUACGGCGACAUUAUUAAGGAGAUGCUGAGCAAAGCCCGACAGAUCGAUAAGGUGGAAUGCGCCAAGACACUGCUGCUUAGCUUGCAACAGUUGUUCAGCGAACUGCUACAGGAUCAGGGGUACGCUGAUCGCGCCACCGUCCAAUUCAGCGCCAUUAAAGACCUGGGCAGGAGGUUUGCACUGACGUUCGGCGUGGACCUGAUGAAGAGCAGACAGUCGGUCGUGUCUCUGCACUUGGAUGGAAUGAAGUUUGUUUUCCAGCGACACCGUGGAUUCGACUCCCCACUGAACCUGCCGUUCCUCGAUGUUCUGAGUGAAUUCUCGUGCAAGCUCUUGCGACAGGACAAGAAGGCUGUGCUCGCCUACCUGGACAAGAACUACCCUGCCCCUCUCGGUGCAGCCCCCGACGAGUGGCUGCCGCUGGCAUCGUACCGCAAGUCGUUGCAGGCACGAGGGGACGAUGACACCAUGUCCAUGAUCAGCGGCAAGCCGAGCAGCUUACGCGCCAAGAGAGUCGCCGCAGCAUCGGCCAAGAGAAGGCGAAUGGAAGUGUCUGAUUCGAGUGUGGAUGGGGCGUGGAUGCACAGCGGAGGCAGCUCGCAGCUGGGCAGGAAGUUGACCGCCCCGGUACUCACCUCCACCCUCCUGCGGCCAAGCCAGUGGGACACGGGCAGUCUGCACAGCUCCUCCGACCAGGACUCGGAGAAGGGCUCGGAGUCUGACUUUGCGCACAGCAGGUCUUGGCUGGGCUCUCAAAAUCGGAACAAGCAGCAAAAUAAUCAGGUUCAGAAGAAUAAAGUGGUGAAGAACCGGUCCCGGCAGAAAGUGCGCAAGCAGCAACUGCUGAGUCUGAUGGAGGAAGACGGGGAAGACACAGAUGCCGGGCCUAUGAUGUCUGACGCCACCAGUGAGCACUCGGACGCAAACAGCGACAUCAAUCUGCAGGAACCCCUCAGCAGACGGGGAAGAGCUGGGCUGUUGCAGGACCUCUUCGACUCGACCAUCCUAGACAUUGACGAUUUCUGAAGCUGCUGGAGACUCGUCUUAUGCUUUGAGGAACAGGAGCCAAGAUUGCGUUGGAUUAAGUUGUGAUUUGUGUUUGAGAUGAGUCUCUCUACCAAAGGGAACCGUUCACAGUUGGCCCACUAGUUUAGUGGUGUUUGUUGGCUUGAAGCUUCAGUUGUUGAGACACAGGACCCCGGAGUGUCAAUGAAGGUUUCUCAAACCCGGCGUAUCGAUCGGAUGUUUUGUUUUGUACAGUUAACUCCAUUUUGUAAAUUUCUGCUGUAAAGAGAUUUUUCUGCAGUUUAUCUUUCAUUUUGUUAAUAAAGGCAAUUAAAAGUUAUGCCGCCA